CGACGUCACGACGCCGCCGUCGCGGGGCGGUGACGUACGAAGCAUGGCCGCCGCCGACGAGUCGCCCAGCGAGUAGGGGCAUUACGCUCGAUUUGAAGUUUUUAAGUGUCCAGUUCCGAACGAUGAUACGUACGCAGGACAAGAUGGAGAAGCUGUUGCUCUCUGCUGAGGAAAAGGAGGAAGAUAUUGAGGAAGACCAUGGAGAAGACACGGAAAAGGAAGAAGGAGACGAAGAUGAAGUCGACGGGGAGGAAGAUGGUGAAGAAGAAAGGGAUGGUAGAGGAGCGAAUGGAAAGGAUGAAGAGCCCAAGGCCCGGGCCUCAGACGAGACGCAGAAGAAUCCCUCGCCCGCUCAGUCCAAAGACAAGAAGCAGGCCGGUGUCCUGAACCUCAACAACGAGGUGGUGAAGAUGAGGAAGGAGGUGAAGCGGGUGAGAGCUGUGAUCAUCAGGAAGCUGAUACGACAGAUCGGCGCCCUGAAGAAGAAGAAGGGGAAUGAGAUGGCGGUUGAGAGGAAUCAGAGGAGGGCGGCCAGACUGCUGGAGGAGAUCCAGGCCAUGAAAGGGCUCUCACCAGACCUGGUGACCAAGACGGCCUUGCAGAAGAAUCUCAGCUUUGAUCAGGUGUGUAAAAACCCCAAGUCUACCCUUUCUGACCGGGCCGUAGCGCGCAUCGCCACUCACCCUCAGUUCAACAAGAAGAUCGAGGUCAUCAAAGCUGCUGUGAAAGCUUUCAAAGAGGACAGGAUGAAGGGCAGGAAGGAGGUAGGAAAGGAAAAAGUGCCAAAUAAAGUUGAAAAAGUAAACCCACAUUCAUCAGACAAAAGUGUAGAAAGAGCUGGCGACAAAGACGACAAAGAGGAGGAAUUUACGAUGCAGCUGAAGGAAAUGGUGGACAACGAGGAAGGCGACGGUAUCCUGAAAGACUCUAAAGAUUCAGCUGUUGCCAAACCUGAAACAGACACAGGGAUAGCUGCACCUUCGGAUGAGGCUGCUGAUGUUCAGCAGAAAGAGAUACCAAAAUCCAAGAGUUUAAGACUGGCAUCGACAAAAAGCAUCAAAGUAAAGGACACUGUGAAAAAUGAACCUGUGAAAAAUGAACCUCAACGUACAGAUGCAGGGAAGACACCAGAUCCUGAAGUGCUGAAGAAGCGGGAAGUUGAGGAACAGGAGAGUGAUUUAGAGUCAUCGGAUGAGGAAGACAAACAGUACUUUGACGACAGCACUGAGGAGCGUUUCCACAAGCAGUCCUCCCAGUCGGAGGAGAGCGAAGAUGACUUCUUUGUUGGCAAAGUCAACAAAUUCAAGAAGACAAAGAAUAAAGGCGUUGAAGGGGAGAAAAAGGUGGAGAAGGAGGACGUGAAAACCUCAGACAAGUUCCAGAGUGAACUUGAUGAGCUCGAGUCCAGGCUGAAGUCGAAAGCAACCUCACUCCAGUCCAUCUACUGCUCUUCCCUGUCUGGGUCUAAGCAGAGAGCAGGUAGAGGCAGAGGGAGAGGCGGCGACACAUUUAUGGGCAGUGGUUUAAAUAGAGAAUUCAAUAAACAGUCCAAGUUUCAAAAGCAGGUUACAGAAUCAGAUAGAAAUUCAGGGUCCAAGUACAACAACCCCUGCCCAGAGGGCCGACGGGGCGAGUCGCAGGAGAAGGGCUUCGCAUCCACCAGCAGAGGGAGGGGGCGAGGCCGAGGCAACAUUAGAGGGCAAAAGGGUCACAUGGGCCAGGGCUCCUUUUCCCAGCAGGCACCACAGCAGGCGCUGCAUCCAUCCUGGGAGGCUAGUAAGAAAAGGAAGGAACAGCAAGGACAAAUCCUGGCCUUCCAGGGGAAGAAGAUUAAGUUUGAUGAUGAUGACUGAACCCCACUCACCCUGUCAUGCACAAACAUGUGUCUGAGAGACUCAUCGUUUUUGGUUGAUCCUUGUUGUCCGGCACACUGGGUAAAUGUAAAGCUUGUCACUAAUGAUGUACCUUGACAAUGUUUUAAAGGGUGUAUGAGGACCAAAAAAACUUUAACUUUUGUGUUUAUCACUUAACAAAAAAAUAAUGAACAAGUCAUUUGUCAGGAUUUGCUAUACAGUAAGUUUAGUUAAAACACUUUGUAAUUGGGGAUUUAUGAAGCUGUGAUUUUUUUUUUUAGCUUAAAUGUUUCAACUUGUACACAGUACUUUGCCUGUCAUAUAUUUUAUCAUGGUAAUUAUGGAAUAGUCAGUGUCUACAUUAUCUGAAACUGAUGUAUGGUGAUACAUGUGAGUGGCAGGAAGACAGAACCAUAACCCAAAUUACUUUUUCUUGUUUUUGGUCCCUCAUCAUUAUUUGUGUUUGAAUAAGAUAAAGUUUGUAUUUACAGAUA